AUGGCGGACUUUGACCCCACGGACUACGAUGGCAGGGCGGGCGAUCCUUUGAACCCGGACGAGCCGGAAGAUGAAUCGGGCGGCCCGAAUCCGCAGGAUACCCCGCAAUUGAAGGAUGCAGUGCUCUUUGUCAUCGAUGCCUCCAGCAAGGACUGCCUCAAGCCGCUGAAGCCCGAUGGCCGUUGCCUGCUGGCCGAAGCCAUGGCAUCUGCGGCUUCGGUCCUGAAAGCGAAAGUCAUUUCCAGCCCUGAAGACAAAGUCGGGGUCCUUCUGUACGGUGUCCGGGAGAAGCAAAACCCCAACAACUUUGAUGGCAUUCGACUGCUGCUGGACCUCGACCGCCCCAGUGCCCAGCGCAUCAAGCAGCUGCAGCAGGAGUCCACCCGCACGCCCGCGCAGCUUGCUGAGCGCUACGGUGUCGGGCGUGCGGUGCCAGUUUCAGACGUCUUCUGGACUUCUACGACGAUUUUCAAUUUAGGUGCGAACCAGUCGCAGUUUGACUCGCGCAUUUUCCUCUUCACGUGCAACGAUGCGCCUUCUGCAGCACGGGAAGAGCUGGCGGCAGCACGUACCCGCGUGCAGGAUCUGAUGGAUAUGGGUGUGGUGGUGGAGUUCUUCCCCCUGCACUUCCCCGGUCAGGACUUCAGCAUUGAGCGCUUCUGGGGCGAGCUCCUUCCUGUGGACCCCACAGACUACCUGCAAAGGGCCGCGGUGCGUCUGGAAGAUGUGGAAAGAGUGGUGAGGAUGCGCACGCACCGCAAGCGGACUCUGCAGAGGUUGGCCUUUCACCUUUGCCCAGGUGUUGAAGCAUCUGUCUCUGUGUUUGUCACCAUGCUCGAAGCCAAAGUGCCACCGCCCGUCUACUUGCUGAACGAGAGCAACAAGCCGCUGAAGGCAGAAUCAAAGCAGAUUUGUGAGCAGACUGGUGCACUGCUGCACCCGGUGGAUGACAUCGCCACGUAUGUGGAGGUUGCGGGCCAUCGGAUCUUUGUGACUAGAGCGGAGACGCAGGAGGCAAAGCACUUCGGCGAUCCCUCGCUUCGGGUGCUCGGUUUCAAGCCCCUCAGCUCCUUGCAGGAUCAUCACCGCAUGUUCCAUGCCUACUUCGUCUACCCAAACGAGCGAGGCUUCACAGGCUCAGCCGCGCUGCUGUCGUCGCUGGUCAGCGUCAUGCUGGAGCGAAAGGUUCUGGCCUUGGCAAGCUACGUUGCGCGGCGCAACAGCAAGCCAGUUCUGGUUGCCCUCCUACCGCAGGCCGAGGUCGAGGAGGAGGGCGACCAGAGGCAGCCCCCGGGCUUCCACAUGGUGCGCCUCCCCUGGGCCGAGGAGAUAAGGCAGCUGAGUUUCCCUUUGGCAGACGGCUUCCCAGCCGUGAUGCCCGAGAACCUCAAGGAGAGGGCCAAAGAGGUGGUCCGGUCCUUGCAGCUGCCCGACUUCGUGCCGGGCUGCGCAGAGAACCCGGUUCAUAAAAGAAGCACUAUGCAGCUGUGCAGGCAUUGGCUCUUUCAGAAGAGCAGCCUGAAGAGACCGUGGAUGUUCUGCAGCCAGACGCUGCACAUCUAG